CUACAGGGAAAGUUCUGAUUAAAACACACACAAACAAAAGACAGGUCCUCACUGUGCUUGGUGAUGUGUCCUGGUGCUGUGGGCCGCAGGCUGGGUUGGGGGCCCAGCUGAGCAGAGAGUUUGCUCCCAAGCACACGUCAAUGACCUCCAUGACCGACAUUCCCCACGAGGAGGAAAGAGCCGGAACCAGCCUCUGACCCGUCCUGGUGCCCUGACUGACCGGCCACAAAGACAGAGAGUGAGUCUUGCCCAUCCCCUGGGGGACCAGUCUGCUCAGCCAAGGAGCCCCGUGGAACCAGGGGUUGGCACCAGUGCCCAGCCUGCCUCGAGGAGGCCCCGGCCAGACCAUGGCAGGCCUCUGUGACAGGGCCCCUGACUUCCUCUCCCCCACUGGAAACCAGGCCCUGGGGCCCACCAUGGGCAGUGUAGUGGCUCUGAACUGCACAGCCUGGGUGGUCUCUGGGCCCCACUGUCCCCUACCCUCAGUCCAGUGGCUGAAAGACAGGCUGCCGCUGGGCGAUGGGAGCCACUAUGACCUCCAUGAAGACUCCUGGGUCAAGGACAACUUAUCAGAGGUGCUUGUGUCCAGUGUUCUGGGGGUCAACCUGACCCGUGCUGAGGACUAUGGGGCCUUUACCUGCUCCAUCCGGAAUGUCAGCUCCUCUUCCUUCACUCUUUGGAGAGCUGGCCCAGCGGGCCACGUGGCCGCGGUGCUGGCCUCUCUGCUGGUGCUGCUGGCUCUGCUCCUGGCGGCCCUGAUCUACGUGAAGUGUCGCCUCAGUGUCCUGCGCUGGUACCAAGACGCCUGCGGGGAGGUGGAGAUGAACGACGGGAAGCUCUACGACGCCUACGUCUCCUACAGCGACAGCCCCGAGGACCGGAAGUUCGUGAACUUCAUCCUGAAGCCGCACCUAGAGCGGCGUCGGGGCUACAAGCUCUUCCUGGAUGACCGCGACCUCCUGCCGCGCGCGGAGCCCUCCGCGGACCUGCUGGUGAACCUGAGCCGCUGCCGGCGCCUCAUCGUGGUGCUGUCGGACGCCUUCCUGGGCCGGGCCUGGUGCAGCCACAGCUUCCGGGAGGGCCUGUGCCGGCUGCUGGAGCUCACGCGCAGACCCAUCUUCAUCACCUUCGAGGGUCAGAGGCGCGACCCGGUGCACCCCGCGCUCCACCUGCUGCGCCAGCACCGCCACCUGGUGACCCUGCUGCUCUGGAGGCCCGGCUCCGUGGCGCCUUCUUCAGAUUUUUGGAAAGAGCUGCAGCUGGCGCUGCCACGGAAGGUGCGGUACAGAGCAAUGGAGGGAGACCCCCAGACCAGGCUGCAGGAUGACAAAGACCCCAUGCUUAUUGUACAAGGCCAUGUCCCAGAGGGUCGGACCCUGAACCUGCAGCUGGACCCCGACCCCGAGGGGGACCUGGGUGUCCGAGGGCCAGUCUUUGGGGAGCCAUUAGCUCCACUGCAUGCAAGUGGGGUCUCGCUUGGAGAGGGCCGGGGCAGCGAGGUAGAUGUCUCCGACCUCGGCUCCCGCAACUACAGCGCCCGCACGGACUUCUACUGCCUGGUGUCCGAGGAUGAUGUGUAGCCCCCACCCGCCAGAACAGCAAGAUCUCCAAGGACAGCUGGGUGCAGGGUGGGGUGGGGUCUCUCCUCUUAGCAGGACUACCAGCCCUGAGACCCUGAGGGAAGGGGAGUUGCUCCAGUGUACCUCCUACUGCCAGG